GAGAGGGUUUGCUCUGCUGGCGGUGCGGAGCCGAGCCGUGCUGUGGCCACCCGCACCAGAGCCCUCCCGGAUUUAUUUAUCACUGCCCCUACCCCGGCUAUAAGCUGUGCCGCGUCCUGUGCCCACGAUGAAGCGACCGUGCGAGGAAACUACCUCAGACAGCGACAUGGACGAGACUAUAGACGUGGGGAGUGAGAACAACUACUCGGGGCAAAGUAAUAGUUCUGUCAUUCGAUCAAAUUCCCCGACAACAACAUCUCAGAUUAUGGCCAGAAAGAAAAGAAGAGGGAUUAUAGAGAAAAGGCGCCGUGAUCGUAUAAAUAACAGUUUAUCAGAGCUGAGGCGGCUCGUGCCAACUGCUUUUGAAAAACAAGGAUCUGCCAAAUUAGAAAAAGCGGAAAUACUGCAAAUGACAGUAGAUCAUCUGAAGAUGCUGCAGGCGACAGGAGGUAAAGGUUAUUUUGACGCUCAUUCCCUGGCCAUGGAUUUCAUGAGCAUUGGCUUCCGGGAGUGCUUGACAGAAGUCGCGAGGUACCUGAGCUCGGUGGAAGGCCUCGACACGUCCGACCCGCUGCGCGUUCGACUCGUGUCUCACCUGAGCACCUGUGCCUCUCAGAGGGAAGCCGCCGCCAUGACGUCCUCCAUGGCCCACCACCACCACCCCUUGCACCCUCACCACUGGGCAGCCGCCUUCCACCACCUCCCUGCCGCUUUGCUGCAGCCCAACGGACUCCACGCCUCCGAUGCCGCCCCGUGCAGACUCUCCUCGGACGUGCCCCCCCACGGCUCUGCCCUGCUCACGGCCACCUUUGCCCACACCGACGCCGCACUCCGAGUCCCCUCUGCUGGCAGCCUUGCUCCCUGCGUCCCUCCGCUCUCUACCUCCCUCUUGUCCCUCUCGGCCACAGUUCAUGCCGCCGCAGCGGCAGCCACAGCUGCUGCCCAGAGCUUCCCCCUCUCCUUCACCAGCGCCUUCCCCAUGCUCCCCCCCAGCGCAGCCGCUGCCGCUGUGGCUGCGGCGACGGCCAUCACCCCACCGUUGGCCGUAUCCGCCACCACCAGCCCUCAGCAGGCUGGCAGCGGGGGCAGCACCAAACCGUACCGACCCUGGGGGACUGAAGUUGGAGCCUUUUAAGUGCCCCGUCUCCAUUCGCGGUCCGGCUCCCUCCUCUCCAUCAGCACACGCACAUGUGCACACGCAGCCCCACGUGCCCACACAUACCCAGACAUGAGCCUUCAGGACUCAGCGUGUCCUUCCUGCUCUCCCAAAGGGCCCGGGAGGUGCUGGUGAGCCCGCCAAGGAAUGGCACAGCUUUCCUCAUUUCAGGCAUCGGAGAGGACACGGAGUGAUACUUUCUCCUUCUCAUUCUGGUUUGCUGGAGACAUCUUGAGGGAGCAGCAGUGGCUUUCAUAACAGCAUGACUGUAUUGGCACGUAGAGGUUUCCUGGGAAAUACAUAGAAAUACGUAGACAUUAGAACUAAUAAUUCUCCAGCUAUGCAUCCUUCUUCGGCAGAGAGGUGAAGGGAUCGCACCUACCAGGCUUCCCCAGGCUAGAAAAAGAGUUUGACUUUCGUAAGUGCCUGACGUUGAGAAAAAUAAUAGAUAAAAAUAUAUAUAUGUGUGUUCUGCUAAAACAAAUAACAUUGCACAGGUAUGGAAAUGGUAUGGGAGAGAGGUGAAAUUCUGCAUUCAACUUCAGAACUGGGACACCUUUCCAGGGAAGAGCGUGCUUUUGAAGGAAAGAGGGGUUUUUAGCCAAAAGACUACAGAGGAAGAAUGUUCAAUUUGACAGGCCUAGUUCUCGCUUCCUUAGUUCACUUUCUUUGUACAGACUUGCCAGAUUGUGACAUCUAGCAUAGCAUUGGUAAAAGCAAUUAUCUUAUCAGUGCUGGGAUUAAUGAACGUUUCAGCGCUGCCUCUGAGCCUUGAGGCACCCUUUUUUAUGGCUUAAAUAUGGUGCUAGCUCCUAUCUGCACAGUGAAUUUGUCAUGCACCCAGAAGUAACCACCUGUUUAAAUUGUGCACACUUGGAUACAGUUGAUUCAUGCCAAUACAAGAGACUCGGCGUUUUGAGAGUUCAAAUUCACUUAUUUAGCUAUAUUUGGACAUUUAGCUGAUUCUGUGCAAGAUUCCUCUUCACUAUCAACUUCUGGGAGAACGAUCACUCUGGGUAUGAAUGAAGUUAUGGUAGGGACAGUUUUAAAAUUGGCUUUUAACACGCCAACGUUGUAACGUGGGUUUGAUUCCAAACCAAAAUGAAUGUAUUAAGGGGGGUGUGAGUAAAUUAUUUUGUCAAUACCCAGACAACUAGUGCUGCAUAAAAUGGUUUGCUUUCAUUUUUUAUUACAGUGACUUAAAAUAACCUAAGUAUUUUAAUACAUCCAGUCAAGAACUAGAGAUUUUAUGUAAAAAAAAUUAAAAAAAUAAAAAUAAAACACAGCAUGUAUUAUUAUGCACUUGAUUUCUCUGCUGUGUGGAGAAAGCAAUAAGCAUUGAGAAUGUUAAACAUUAUGCAAAAUAUACUUUAAAAUAUUUGUUUUAAAAAUACUGUACCUAGUUGGUCUUUUACGCAUUA